AUGGAGAAAUUUCCCUUGGCCCAAAGACGGGUAGAGGUUCGGAAUAUUCAAGUCAUUGAUAACAAGUUAUUGGUGGUACAACUUGAGUCGCACAUAUUUUUGUAUGUGAUAUCAGUUGAUCACUUGAGGUUAUCGUUUGAGCUUAAGGGCCUAUUCAUGUUUGAUGAAUCUGUGAAGAAUGUGAUUGCUAUAGGAAAGGGUAAUAUAAUGAUUACCACCAGAGAUUGCGUUUAUCAUUAUCAAAGCGAAGAAGACAAGUUUAAUUUGGUCUAUGAAAAUAUGCUCCUACAAGGAGUUCAUUAUAAUAAUGAUACGGUCUAUUUGAUCACUGCACUUGAAUGGGAUAAAAUCUCGUUAUCAGAACCAGCGAUAUCUGAACAAAGAUUUAAUGUUAGUGGUACUGAGGAGGUCACAGAUACGUUUGCAUUGCAAAGGCUAAAAAAACGUAAAUUGUGA